AUUUUCUACCUGUGUGAAAGAAAUGGGACUACCACGUUUCAAAGCCCCCGGGGCAGUCCAAACGCACACCGCAAGCAUGGUCGAGCAAAUUACGGGGUAGGUGACAGGCUUCAUCACGGGAACCAUCCGGUACUGAGGACAUGGCCAGCUCCAUCCAGCCUGCCUCUCCAUCUCACACCCUUCCUUAGAUACCUCCUCACGCGACAGCUCUGGCCAGGUUUGAACCACCGGAAGAACGUGACCAACAUGCCGGCUGCUGUACGGAGCGGGGCGGGGGCGAGUGCCAAGAUGGCCCGAGGGAACAGCAAAGUCCGACCGGUCUACAGGUGCGAGCAGUGUGAUUAUGACACCACCCAUAAGGGUCACCUGAUGGAACACCAGCGGACGCACACGGGAGAGCGGCCCCACAAGUGCACCAUGUGCAAGUACACCGGCUCCAGCAAGGGCCACCUCGCCUCCCACAUGCGCAAGAAGCACCCCGAGUACAAACCCUACAAGUGUAACCAGUGCGACUUUGUUGGGAACUUUUCGCGAGACCUGGUCGCCCAUCGCUGGAAGCACACUGGCGAGCAGCCCAUCUUCUGUACCGAGUGCGACUACGCCACGCCCUGCAAGGCCAACAUGACUGCCCACUACAAGCGCAAGCACCCCGGCAAGCGCCCAACCAAGUCCGUUCGUCCCAGCAAGACCAUCCCACGAAGCUCCGAGGCGGUGCCCCUGCCUUCUUCGUCAACGCGGUCUCCCAUGCCCUACACCCUGUACCCCUCCCCGCCUUCCGAAGUAGAGACCACGGUGGAGUACCCCAGCUCGACAAGUGGCACGUCCGAAGACUACGCCUCUCGCUCCAACUCUCCCGCCAUGUCCAACUGCGACUCACCCUUCUUCAACCCCGCCAAUGUUCCACAGCAACAACACAACGAGUUCAACUUCUACGACGAGCAGUACAACAAGAAGCCGUUGAUGAUCGAGAACGUCAUGUCCCACGAGGAGUUCCAGAACAAGCUCCCGGCCUUCGCCACUUUCAGCAAAACGGACAUGCCAAACUAUUCUUCUGUAAACGUCAAGAGAGAAACCAGCUCGGAGUGCGAGCUCUCCAAUCCGUUCCAGACCGAUGUCCAGGUACACCCGGGUUUCGACGCGUCCUGGUGGCAGUCGUCCGUCCUGACACCGCCUGCUGAAGAGUUCCAGCCGACGAGCGACCACUUCUCCCUCGGUCCCUGCAGAACCUGGCGCCAUUCUGCGACCAGAUUCGACGACCCUUACUCCAUCCACGACUCUAUGCAGCUGCCACAGAUCGCCAAGACCAUUCUCAGAGACUUUGACCCCAGCUCCCACUUUGUUCCAGUCAACACAGAGAGGCACAGCUCCAGGCAGAACGGCUCAGGCAGACCUUACAGUCCGUACGAUGAGAUUGACGUGCUGGAGCUGGAGAGAUACUUGUAAAAAGACUCAGACAUGAACUUUAAACCAAACGUCGCCAAAAACACAUGCACAAAGCAAGGAGACAAUGCACAAAAAGGACAUUUUCUACCAUGCCACGUGGGACUAUGUUUGUCCACUGUUAAAACACUACAAUGGGUUUUAUUGCAUUUGUAAAUAUGUAUUAUUUUCCACCACCUUCUAGAAUUAGUUCCAAUCCUUUCCUCAUCAGUUGUGUUCAGAAAAUGGUGAGAAGCCACUUUUCAAGAUGGAGAAACUGUGCACAGCCAAAUGAUGUAUUUCAGGCAUUGAAACAGAACAAACCAAACAUGCCUGCAAUACAUGUAGAGGCACUUUACCAUUCAUGCCAUACAUAGUUAUGUCCUAUUACUUUUGUAGCUUGAAACAAGCAGUGGCAAUAAUGUAUAUCAUGAAGAAGUUUGUCAUGGUGGCUGUACAUUGUAAUAAGCUUAUAAGAAGAUGCACUAACUGUGUAUGAUAAUGAUUGGUUGUAAAAUGCUUGCAAUAACUUUCUCCAUCAAGAAAAGGGGUCAGCUAUCACUUUUAAUUGAAUGUAAGACUGGAAAAGGAAAAGCAGCCAAAGUUUUUGCAUGUGAUUGUACAGUUAUAUCAUAAGGUAUCAACUACGUCAAGUGAUACUGCCAAGAAACCUGUACAUAGUUCCUUUUUAGUUGCCAAAGGAGAGAACCAUUGUAAUCAUUACAGUUACAACUGGUGAGGGGGAAUAUAAGCUAAGUAUGGAAGGAUAAUUUUAAUAAGAUGGCAUUGUUGAACAUGUUAUUUUACUGUACAGUUUUCGCAUAUAGCCCGAGAAGGGGUGAGGGAAGGAGCUGUAUGUAAGUUUUGUACGUCUAAAAGAUAUUUUUUACUACCUUCAAGAAAUUGAAAUAAAACAAUGAAACCUA